AUGCCACUCCAGAACAGUAUGCGCAGGAAGUCAACAAAGAAAGAUGCCAGGAAGAGAACAUCAUCCACAAUCUCCAAUGCCCCAACGCAGGCUGGCCCUGUCGAAAGUCCUACAAUCUCUGAGAAGAACAACUCUGCUGCACCGAAUAAUGCCUCUAAACAAAAUGUGAAACCGCAGGCGGCUUCACCGUUGCCGCCCACCCCAGAGUCAGCGAAACAUGUCACUGAUGUUGAUGUUUUCCAAUUUCUCGAACACAGCGAUGAAUCCUCAUCUGCCUCCUCGUCGGAACCUUCAGAAUCGGAAUCUGAUUCUAAUGAUGACAUUCCUGCGACCCAGUCGCCCGUGGCGAAUAUACAGUCACCGAGGCCGCGCGCCAGUCCCGUACCGCAUGCUGUUUUGAUAUCAAAGACAGGUGCUGCUCCGAAGCAAACAAGAUCUCCCGCUGGUGGGGCGUCAAGAGUUCCCAGUGACUUACGUCCUCCGCCAGCACCAUCGCCGCCAUCUGUGCCCCCAACAGAGACCCGUCGAAAACAAAUGUCGCCACCGGCACGAAAGCCAUCUCCAAAAGAGUAUAGCAAAUCCCCAACGGAGUCUUCACCACCACGAAAGCGCCAGCUGCAGAUAUCUCGAUCAGAUGAAAUUCACUCAAGAGAUGUCACUGCGAUCCAGCGGUCACCGCUGCCGCCCUCUCCACCGAGUAGUCCAGAGGAUAGCAUACACCGCGUGUUGCAAAGAAGAGACUCAAACGCAUCGCAAGUGUCCUCAGGCUAUGGACUUGUAGCAUCGCAUCUUACCCACUCAGCUAAAGACGAUAAGGGAGCAUUUCCCCCAUUGUACCGACGCUUCGAGAACCUAAACCAUCGUGUCCUGCUCCACCUUCAAGACGAGAUCUCUCAAAUGGAAGAAGACCUGAAUUUACUGGAUGAGUAUGAAGAAAUGCACCGCGUCGCCAUCGCCGAGAAGGAAGGCAACAAGCCCGUACCCGCAUCACGACGCAUAGACGCCCAGUCGCAAUCCUAUUCGUCCCUACAUUACCGACGAAUGGAUCUGAUGGCAGCUUUGAUUCAAAAGACAGAGCAAUACAACAACGCCCUCAGCGCAUACAGCAAAGUCGUUCAGACACUCCCCCGCGCCACAGACGACGAUAUUCAAAAUUACCGUUCAUGGAUGAAAACACACAAUCCCAUCGCCGCGGCUGAAACCCGUUUCCUGGAUCAAGGCGUUGAUCUCAUCUCUCUUACACCCCGCUUAGCAGCCUCGGCUGCCACGGCCCCCGUCUACAUGGCUAUCAUGGUCGCAUCGGGAGCUCUUUUGCUUCCCUUGCUGGCUUUCAGCAUGAUCGCAGAGUUCCCUGGUCGACUUGUUGUCGUGACAGUCGUUGGUGGUGCCGCGGCUGCUAUUGCGGCGAAUUACUCCGCCGGUAUUGACACUCUGGUCGAUUCGAGGGAUGGCUGGAGAUGUGCCAUGAUAUAUUUUGGUUUCAUGACCCUUGCUGCUAUGUUCAUCCCCUAG